AUGCGCCCGCCCGCUAUGCAGGACGUUGAGAAGAAGCGCAAGGCGAAGCGUGGCGCGCCGCAGCAGCAGACGGCGGGCCCGCAGCGCGUGCCUGGGGCGCUGAACGAGCUGCAGCUGCAGCGGGUGGACGAACUCCUGGAUUCCAGCAAGAAAGCGGAAGAUGAGUCGGAGUUUUUGCAGCGGCUGGCGCUGGUCAAGGCAGAGGGGCGCGAGAAGCAGGCCGCAGCCGCUGCCAGUGGGGCCGCCGCAGCCACCACGGCCGCGGGCCCGCAGCGCGCUGUGUUCGACGCGGCGCCGCAGGUGGAUGACAUAUACGCCGCGCCCCCCAGCUUGUCGGAGACCCUCAUGGACAAGAUGCAGUCCGACAUCAGCGACCCUGCGCUACGCAAGGCGGCCAUAGGGCCCGACAAGGUCGGCCUGGCAGUUGGGGCCAUCGUCCUGGGGCUCGUGCUCAUCCUCGUCAGCGGCGCCGACAUGUACAAGGGCGUGCGGUCCGCCAGGGGCCCCCCUGACGAGCGCACGGCCGCGCUGCUGGAGACCCAGGCCGCCUCCUUUAGGGCCCUACUGGAGCGCAACCCACAGGACCUGAUUGCCCUCGAAGGCCUGGCCGUCACCCAGGCGCGGCUGGGAAGCUACGAGGAAGCUGCGGACCUGCUGGACAAGGUCGUCGCCAAGCGGCCAGGCGACUCGGAGGUGCUGCGCGUGCUGGGGGAGGCGUCCCUCCUGUCCGCGCAGGCGCCGCGCGCGGUCGCCGCGUAUGAAAAGGCGAUCGCCCUGGAGCCCCGGGACCAGCAGAUCCUGACGGGCUUGACUGACGCGUACAUCGCAAACGGCCAGCAGUCCAAGGCGGUGGCGCGCCUCACGCAGCUGCGCGACGAGCUCCUGUCAGCGCCGCCGCCCGCCCAAGCCACCGCCGCGCCCGCAGCCUCGCCGGCAGCCGCGCCGGCAGCCGCGCCGGCAGCCGCGCCGGCAGCCGCGCCCGCAGCCGCCUCCGCCGCCGAGGCCGAGGCGGAGGCGGAGGCUGGGGCGGUCCUGGACUCGCUCCCCGCGCCGCCGCUGUCGGGUGACGCAGAGGCGGCCGCCGCGAGCAGCAGCGGCGGCGACGCCCCGGCGGCAGCGCCGGCGGCGGCGGCGGCGGCGGGGCCGCGGCGGCCGGUGGACCCAGUGGCUGUCCAGCUGCUGCUGGGCAAGGCGUACGCCGGCUGGCGCGGGCACGAUGCGGACGCGCUUUCUGCAUAUGACGCACUCAUCAAGUCCGCCCCCGAGGACUUCAGAGGAUACCUGGCCAAGGGUGUCUUCUUGAAGGAGCGGGGGCGGCGCGGCGACGCAGAGCGCAUGUUCCUGCAGGCCAAGUUCUACGCGCCAGACUCAAUGAAGGCGUUUGUGAAGGCGCGGGCGGGAGAGAACGCGGUGGUCGACCUCCCGGACAACAACUCGUGA